AUGGAGUCUUUUUCGAGCAUUGUGUCCCUGACAUGCGCUCGCAGGCGACAAGCCUCAUCUCCAUUGCAGACAAGCUGCUCCACGAAGCACGAACUCAAUGGAGUCUUUUUCGAGUAUUAUGUCCCCGACAUAUGCUCGCAGGCGACAAGCCUCACCUCCACUGAAGACAAGCUACUCCUCGAGUACAAACUUCAUGGAGUCUUUUCAAGCGUCAUGUCCCCGACAUACGCACACAGGCGACGAGCCUUACCUCCAUUGUAG